CCCCUGGGGCCACCUCAGGAUCCCUUGGGACAUCCCAGCGUUCUCUGAGGAGAUCUCUGUGUCCUUCAAGGACAUCCUGGGAUGUCUGGGGCCAUCCUGGAGUCCCUUGGGGCCACCUCAGGAUCCCCUGGGGACACCUCAGAGUCCCUUGGGGCCAUCCCAGCGUUCUUUGAGGAGAAUUCAAUGUCCCUCAAGGACAUCUUGGGAUUCUCUGGGACCGUCCCGUUGUUGUUUUGGUGCCGCGCUGGGGUGGGGGACGCGGCGGCGGUGGCGGUGACAAUGCCGGUGACGCCGCGGACUGACCGGUGCCCACCUGUUGCAGGUCACCUGCGGGAAGCCCCCUCCCCUCUCAUGAUGCCUUCCCCACAGAUGGCGCCGUUCCAGGGCCUGGUGCCUCAGUCGCCCCCUCAGCAAAACAUCCAGCCAAAAAAACAGGAGCUGCGAGCGGCCUCGGUGGUGCAGUCGCAGCCGCUGGGCGCGGCCAAGGAGGAGAAGCUGCACUCGCCCGUGAUCCGAAACGAGACCUUCAGCCCCCCCCUGCGCCAGGAGCCCCCCAAGGGCCACCCCGAGGGCAUCAAGGCGGCCCCGCACCUCCCCCAGCGGCCGGAGCUGAAGCCCCUGGAGGGGGCAGGACCCCGGCCCGUGAUCCGACCCCCGGAGCAAACCCCGCCCGCCCCCGACAAGGAGCGCCAGAAACCGGAGCCCAAAACCCCCGUGGCCCCCAAAAAGGUUGAUGCCCUGGGGGAUGUGGAGGCUCAGGUUGAUGCCCUGGGGGAUCCCACGGGGGCUCUG